UGGGAAAGGCCUGAACACCAUCUUUGUCGUGUUAUAUUGUGAAACGCUUCGUCCAUGAACUCUAAAUCUUCCACGCGCUUUGCGCUGUUCUUGCUUGUCUGUCUGGCGUGUCUUUCGGGACGUGCGCUCGCCGAUGACGCCUGCACUGUCUGUGUUUGCGGCGCCGACAGUGUCACCAACUGCCAGAGCACAGUCACGACCAUUCCGACGGCCAUUCCCUCGACGACCGUGUUGCUUGACUUGUCCAACACUCAAAUCAACGAGAUUGGUGUCGACGCCUGGGCCGGCCUGACCGCUUUGAAGACCUUGAACCUCACCUUUACGCAGCUGACAUCGAUUCCGGACAACUCGUUCUCCGACCUCAGCGCUCUGGAGAAUCUGUACCUUUCGCACUGCCCGAUCUCCCAGCUCUCGACAAACUCAUUCGCCGGUCUCUCGGAACUGCGUGUCUUGCGUUUGAUUAACACGACAUUUGAGACCAUCCCUGACAAUGUCUAUUCUCCGUGCCCCAAGCUGAAGGCGCUCUGGCUGGAUUACUGCAAGGUCAAGGUCUUCAACGACAAUUGCUUUACUGGUCUCGGCGAGCUGACCUUCCUGUCUUGCUACAACAGCAGUGUCGCAAACAUUUCAGAGAAUGCGUACUCAAGCCUGACCAACCUCGAGUAUCUCAACCUCAACUACACCAAGAUUCAGCACGUCUGGCCCAAGUGGUUUACCAACACCAAGAAGAUUCAGAUUCUGUACCUGUCGUGGACCAACAUUACGAGCAUCCCCGCUGAUGCUUUCACCGGGCUGACCGGCUUGUACCAACUGUACCUGUACUCUGCCUACAACCUGACCACCCUGCCCCCGGGCUUGUUCUACGGUCUCACCAACCUGACGCUCGUCAAGCUUGAGCCCAACUACUUUACGGGAUAUGCUGCGCCUCCCAGCACCUAUGGACCCCCGGCAUCUCCGCUUCCUUGCAACUACACGUGCAAGACUUGCUACGGCGGCUCUGCCACAGCCUGCUGCGGCACAGACUGCCUGUACUGCGACACAAACAACCCGUGCUUGACCGUUCCUCCGAGCUACUCGUACUAUGCUUCGUCCGUCGAAAAGCCCUCCACCUACAUCCCACCGGCCGAGUCCUCCGUGUAUGUUCCCCCUGCAGAGUCCUCCGUGUAUGUUCCUCCCGCAGAGUCCUCCGUGUACGUCCCGCCGCCGCCGAUCGACUCUCCAUACGUUCCGUACGGCAACGGUGCUUCGGAGACGGCCGCCGAUUCUACGACUGCACUGAUGACCUUUGCCAGCGUUGUGGUGACGGCGUGGGCGCUGCUUGUGUAAACGCGGGUCAAAACGCUCGAUUUCCAGCUCAUUCAUUAUUGGAGCCACUGAAGAGCUGAAGACCGUCUCUGUUGUCCCAGUGGAUGGUUUCUUGACGGGGGGAAGUGGUCAGCUUUGUUGUUGACAUGUACAGGUAUUGAGAUUGCAUGCUGAGUAAAUGUUGUUUGCGCGCUUUUUGACGAGCGUACUUUCCAAAUACAAGCGGUAAACAAGUCGAACA